AUGCAGACAUGGACCAAACAGCAACGUCCCUCCCCUGAUGCUAAUGGAACCUCCAAAAUCCGCCAGUCCAAGGACAACCCCCGUCCGCCGCCAUGGGGCCCAGUCCGUCUCAUUGGUUUGUUCAACCAAUGUCUUACAGCUGAUUCGCCCACUCCCGCCUCCAAUGUAUCCAUAUGGGCUCUUUGGAGUGCUGAGAUUAAAGACACUUGCACUCUCUUCGACUCUUCCUACCUGUACGGAUACUCUGGACUCUGGAGGUACCUGGAGUGGGCAGCACACUGGAAACUCCGACAGGCUAGGGAACCCAAACGCCCGGGUGUCCCCUUCGCCCAGCCGCAGUCGGUCCAAGAUCCCAAGACGACUACGGAGUACAGCUGCUCCUAUCGCCCGGCCUGGCCUUCUGUCGCUCUCUUAACCCGUCCAAUCGCACCAAACGUCCCUUCCGUGGGUAGUUUCUACCACUUUCGGGUGCUUUACUUCAACGCCACCAUCCAACCCAAAAUCGACAGGACGACGCAUCAUCGCCAUUAUCGACACAUUCGCUUCGAGCGACGCCUGUCUUGCCUGCCCUUUUCUCUCUUGGAUCUGAUUUGUCUACGACCCCGUGUGUUUUGUCUCAUCCCUUCCCCCUCCCUCUCUCCCACCGUCCCAUCAGCCCGCUCUCCCGACUCCCGAACAGGUGGUGAGGGACAAGAAGAACAGGCCCAACUCUGCAAAAUUGGUAGACGAUCUGAGCGAGCGGCACUGCUUUCCGCAGAGAAUGGCCACCAGAUUCACAGCACCCAUCAUCCCCGUUUGACACAAAAAACCGGCCCUAACUCUUCCCGCGUUUCGUCCAUACUCUCCGGUCUCCAUCCUGGUCGACUAUCGCGACUCUCCUUGGGGCCCUGGGGUAGACUCCUUCUCCAGGCCCUGGGAAAGUUUGUCUUCGGCCGGCGAACCAAAACGUGCCAAACCACGCCCGCCGGUCUUACUACACCAGACCAGGCACCGGGCCGUCGUGGCACCGCGGCUGCUUGGUGUCACGCAAUCUGCCAUCAUGCUGCAUGCGAUCCGCCCCUGCAAAUCAGGUGGUACCUGGCGGGGGUGGCCAGUGAGAAGCCGCCGAACACCUGCCAUAAACACAAGAAAACACACGAUGGUAUCGGCCAUCUUCUUUCAGCUGACACGACCUGCUCCCGUAGUCGGGUCGCCGUGCCUGACUUGCUUCGGGCUCUGCUGGUGCUGAGUGGGCUUUUGCGUGUCAAACAGACCCAUCAACUAUGCCAGCUGGAGGCCUUUCGUUGGCUUUUAUUCCGUGUUCCAUCACUCUACCAGACUCCUCUCCAGCGGCAUCCACGUUUCGCAGGGCCCAACUUGAGUUAUCCGGCUCUUAUUCGCCAAACGACAUCUAUCAUGUUAGGCUCCGUGUCGCUGCGACCAAAGUCCGCGUCUGGAGGGCUAUUUGGACAAGCACAGGCCACGAUGGCCGCUUCCCCGACAAUGCCCAGCCCAGGGCCCCAGAAGAUGUCGAAAACCUUCUUUCGAAAGUUCCAAGCGAACUCCAAAAAAGGGCCACCAGGGCCCUCCUUUCCUUCUCCUGCAGGCCCCGUGUGGGGGAAUAUAGCUGUGCCUGCAAGGGCAGACGGCCGCGGCCUAGCUGUUAUCUCGUGCUCGUCUUGCUGCAGAGGGGCCCGCAUACGGGCGAUACUUUCCGCGCCAGAUAACGGAGAAGGGGAUUUCGUAAGGGUGCCGUGCAGGCGCGCAAAACAAAAUGCUCCGGCAAAGCUCCAUGCUGCGAAUGAUUACCACGGCCACGGAGAAGACGCCGGAGUAAUAUGCAGCUGUUCUGCCCUUCUCCUUUCUUUUGGACCCUCCGUAGGCCGCAUCUUCCGAGGCCCCGCAAACUUCGACACCCAGAGUAUCCAGUGGUCCACGUCCCAGAGUCAGACAUUUCGGGAUCCUGUCAUAUCUCCCCCUACAGAGCGUUGGCACACUCGAAUUCGGCAGCGGAACGAACACCAUCGCAAGGUUAAGCCCGUCGGCGGGAGCGUCCUCCCACCUUCGCACUGGGCAGACGGCGAUCCCCAUCUUUUAGUAUCAGGUUUCUGGAAAUCCCGGGCACGCAAAAUCGGUUCGUGGGGCGGCGGCGUUCGGAGGGGCCGCUUGACGGCUCGCGCGACAAGAUACACACCCCCAGGCACCUUCCGGGAGAGAAGAGCGCCACUUUUCUGUUGGAGUGCGGCCCUGUCACUUGAGGUGAGAGCUUCAUUCGCGCAUCCAGGACCGUGGUAUCUAUCGAACCCCCUCCGCUAUAGCUCUCUGCCUUCCACGUACAGCACAUCCAAUUCAACCAGAGCUCUCACAAUGGCGUCCAAGCGGGAUAUGCGUCGGCCGGACCUGAUCGUCCCCUAUCAGGAGCCCAAGGCCAAGGGCGACUCCACCGAGCUCUCCUCGACGCUGUCUUCUACCCUGCCAAUGGCUGCGAUGCUUACGCGCAACAAGUUUAUCGGAUGCGAGACGAAUAGCAUUGCUGGCGCUGCACCGAGCUGUGGCGGCCAAGCAACCAUAGCACAGGGGGCUUCCGUCGUCUUCAGCAUUCAGACUUGGCUUGGUGAGAGCGAGGAGACGAAGAAGAGCUCCGCGACGCCGGGAUACUUCUCCGUGGGCAUGUCAGUCAUGGCUCUUGCCGUCAGCUACCUGCCCCUCUUCCUCCCUCCUCCCGCCCAACGAGGCGCCGCGACUGGCACCGGUCCCGCUGCCCCCGUUCCUCCUGCGUAG